AGAGGCAAGAGCUGCAACUCGCGCCCUUCAUCCAACCCUCCCUUCAGACGAGUUCUCAACCUUCCUCCUCCCGACCGGCUGUACCUCCUACGUUUCUUGUCCUGGGGUAGAAAUUGCAAGUCAGAUCCUUUCCCCGUCUCCCGUACCAAAAAACCCAAGAAUCAAAAAAAGAAAAGAGCAGUUUCCCCAGGGAGCGCCCGAAUCUCCGCCGUCACCAUCUACAAUCCUCCGCCUUAUCGACGCCUCCCCACCUUUGCUUCAUAGUUAUCUGUUACUAGUGCUGUAUCUUCUCGUACCCCCUGCAAACGCCCCAGUGCAGUACCCUUACGGCCCAUAUAUCUUUGGCUUUGGUCAGCACCGUGGUACUCUAUUUUGACACGCCCCCCCGGUCGUUUCACUAUUCACAAGGUCGCAUUCAGGCAUCCCAAACCAAACGCAUCACUCUCCGCCGUGGAAACAUUCCGUUAUUCAAAUAAUUACCUACUACGGUACACCGGAAUUCGCUAAGAAUCUUACGGGAGUUAUCGUACAAUCUCGCCUCUUCCUUUCCGUCCAACGGCCACACCCUAUACAAUAGACCACGAGUUUACAUCGUCGACUGCGGAAGAACAUUGCUAGCAAGGAGGCCAUUCGGGGGUGUGAUUGCCCUCUGGAACGGGUCGUACAUGUUCCCCUAGAGGAUGGAUACGUUCAGUCACCCUCAGCACAUGUGGGGGUUGCAAGAACUUCAGGAGGAGAUAAGGUUGUUAAAGACCUCCCAGUUCGAGCACGCCGAGCGUCUCACCCAGCAUUCCGAGAGACUCAACAGGCUAGAACAGCGCCAGGAUGAAUCGAGGAUACGCUCACUCUGGGGCACGCCAUCUCCUUUUCCGCCAAUGCUUAGCUCCAACUCGUUUGCACAACGUAGGCUUACAUUUCAGGGUUUCUCAUCUGACCCCUCUAUUCCUAACCAUCAAAGGUUUAAGCUUUGUCAAGCUGACGUUUGGUUCCUUGAUGCGCAGAAACAAACAACCCCGAGCCACCAGAAGAUUUCAGCGGUUUUGAAGAACAUCAGCACAACUUAUUGGCCGGACUGCAGCUAGAUGAGGUUGACGUGCCAAGGAGGGGUGCAUCUAGGGCAAAUAGUGUACGUUUUGAUGACAGUGCCAUCCAAAACCACUGGAUUCAUGAUUCUCAAGGUUCGAAUGACUAUUUCGGCCACCGGAAUAGUAGCAGUAGCCUAGGGGGUUUCCCCAUGACCGAGAGAUCUUCCUCCCAUAAAUCUGACCAUAAAUCGGAUGGAAGGCAAAGCUCAAUGCGUUCGUAUGGCGACAACAGCUCUUUCUUCGAGGGUGAGAUCAACGGUGGUGUGCCUUUCAAUCCUCCACUCCAGAACCUCGAACUCCUUGAUUGCGAGACUCACCGAUCUCCUGCCCCACCCUCUGGGCCAGCGCCAGCUAUUAUUCGUUGUUGGCCUGACUUUACUUCCCCUUCCACUUCGUGCUUAUACGCUGUUGUUUGCACUGGUUCUGUCAAGUCUUUGAUUGAUAUAUCAUUGAUUGCUCGGUUUGGGUUACAAGAUCGGAUCAAUAAAGACACGAAUGGCGAAUACAAGAUUAACUUGACUUUGCAUCUCCCUGAUGCUACAAUUCAGCAACCGGCAAGGGGAGGCGGGCAUCACAGCCUCCCGCCACUCAACAUUCGGUUCAGCGUAAUGCCCAAUCGAAAGGGGGGUUGUGGAGAAGGAGGCGAAGUGGGAAUUUUCCUGGGAAGUGACUUCAUGUCAGACCACAUGGGUGAUGUGCUGUUUUCUCAGAGUCAACUGUUGUUGCAGGUAGAUGAUGGGCGGAAAAUGUUUGUUCCUUUCCAUCGGCCGGAGGCUCAUGCAUGCUACUCGGACGUCUGUACAACACAUGUUGGUGAUCAACUCUCGGGGGACCUUCCGGGCCCUUUGUUACGAACGGAGGGCUGCCAAGAACAGGGUACAACUUUUAUGAAACCUGCCGGGUUCGAUGAACACGGUGCACCAGGGAUUGACAUAGACGAUCUAAAAAGAUCCCAUGUUCCUGUGUCAUCACCAAAGCCUGUACGAGGGCGGAAGGCUUCCGUUAUCAGCAGAACAACAAUGACCUCCCCCGAAUCCUCCCUUGAACCCGACGACACGCUGGGGAAGUAUACCGGUGUUCGGAGGAACAGCAUAUACUCAGUUGGAAGUGGGAUGGAGAAGAAGAGGAAAGAAGAUCGGAAGGGGGAGUAUGGGGUCAGGCUUAAUCUGGCUGAUGAUGGUGGGACAUCUUCGGGUGAGGAAGAGGAUGGGAAAGGCUCGUAUUACGCUGAGCGCAGGACUAGGAGUGAUGGGGAAGGGGGAAGCUCGUGGAAUUCUAGCACUGUCAAGUCUGGAGAAGCAAUAGCUGGGAACACGAAGGAGGGGGGGCUAAUUUGGGAUUCUUGGAGAAAAGUAACCAUUCAAGGAAGAGAUGAUAGCGGUACGGGAACAGCCAAAACAUCUCGGGCAUCCUCCCGCGGGAUGAAGGUUUUACGCACAUCAAAAUCGUCCUCCCUGUCCGAGGCUAGAGCCAAUCAUCAAACAGAAGAUGGCUGUGGCGGAACCGGUUCGGCAGAGCUUGAUAAUGCUUCUUCAGCUAUUGGCCCCAUGCCCCGUCCCCCAGUAGGGGGCUUUCCCAAAACUGAUUCAUCAUUGAGCGCUGGAGCGGGUGGAAACUGGGAUAAGACGAUCAGCCGUCCCCAGCGUAGGGUUAGCUCGGCGGAAGUUGGAAACUCUUUCCCCAAAGGAGGGGCGAUUCAUCCUCCUAAGGCGAAAUCAACAAACGUGGUUGGAGGUGCUUCGGCUUUCCAUUGGAUGACUCCAAAAACAUCUGCUCAGACCACAACUGAAUAGACAACAAUAGAAUGGCAUCAAGCCUAAAUUAUCGGACUGGACCGAGGUAAUUAUUAUUUUUAUUCCCUUUUCUAAAAAACCGGAAGGUUUCUCGGGUAGAGCGCUUUUUUUUUCUUCUUCUCAAAAUUAAGCACUUGUAGUACCUUUGCUUGCUUCCCUUUCUUGCUUUCAGAUGGCUUUUGGGUUUUCUUCAAUGUGUACUUGAAUUCACUAUUAGAAGGCCUUCACGGAAAAUCACUUGUCGUAUUUAGUUGUACUGUACUCUGCAGGGUUUCGCGCCUGGGUGGAGGGGCUAUAUCUGGCCGCCACCUUUUUUCUUUUUUCCUAUCAUUUCUAUUGAUAUAUCCCGAUGAUAUUCUUAUCAGAAGAGGAAGAAUCUUGGUGGUAGGAGAAGGGGUGGAUUUGUCUGUAGUUUUCGUGUGAGGAGAGCCCAAGAGGGGCCCAGAGCAGAAGAAUAAACCAGAAACCAAAUGAUACAUUAGGCAGCC